UCUAUUAUAUUAUAUUUUAUAAAAUCCUAAAAUUUAUAAACCCUAACCAAUACAUCACCACCGCACAUAUAUUUCCCUCCACAAACCCUACCCAUCAUAUACAUUUCACCUUAGCUCUCUCUCUGUGCAACGGCUAGGCUUCGAAGAUUGGACAAUUAUCGUUGACCCAAUGGCUUUGGUGUUGCACGCGGGGAACACUAAUAAAAAUGGUUUCAAGGCACUUAUUGCUGCCGAGUACAGUGGUGUCAAAGUUGAACUGGUGAAGAAUUUUGAGAUGGGUGUGUCCAACAAAAGUCCCAAGUUUCUUGAAAUGAACCCCAUUGGGAAGGUUCCUGUGUUAGAAACACCUGAUGGACCUGUUUUUGAGAGUAAUGCCAUUGCACGCUAUGUUACUCAGUUGAAGGCAGAUAAUCCUCUUUUUGGUUCUACCUUAAUUGAAUAUGCUCAUGUGGAGCAAUGGAUUGAUUUUGCCACUUUGGAGAUUGACGCCAAUAUUUUGCGAUGGUUAAUACCACGUAUCGGUUUUGCUGUUUACCUUCCUCCGGCUGAGGAAGCUGCAAUUUCUGCAUUGAAGAGAGCGCUAACUGCUUUGAAUACUCAUCUUUCUUCCAACACAUACCUGGUCGGGCAUUCUGUGACGUUGGCUGAUAUCAUUUUGGCGUGUAAUUUGACUCUGGGAUUUAGCCGGUUAUUGACAAAAAAAUUUACCUCUGAAUUUCCCCAUGUUGAGAGAUACUUUUGGACCUUGGUUAAUCAGCCAAAUUUUCGCAAGAUAUUGGGCGAAGUUAAACAAGCAGAAUCUGUUCCAUCUAUUCAGUCAGCAAAGAAGCCUUCACAGGCAAAGGAACCCACAAAACCUAAGGAUGAACCAAAGAAAGAGGCCAAGAAAGAACCAGCGAAGCCUAAAUUAGAAGAGGCUGUUGCUGAAGAAGAGGCACCCAAGCCCAAGGCAAAGAAUUCUCUUGAUCUUUUGCCUCCUAGCAAGAUGAUUCUGGAUGAAUGGAAAAGGCUUUAUUCAAACACAAAGACCAACUUCCGUGAGGUUGCUGUUAAAGGAUUCUGGGACAUGUACGAUCCAGAGGGUUACUCUCUUUGGUUCUGCGAUUACAAGUACAAUGAUGAAAAUACUGUAUCAUUUGUGACUUUGAACAAGGUGGGUGGUUUCCUGCAGCGGAUGGAUUUGGCUCGUAAGUAUGCAUUUGGGAAGAUGUUGGUGAUUGGCUCGGAGCCUCCAUUUAAGGUUAAGGGCUUGUGGCUCUUCCGGGGACAAGAAAUUCCAAAAUUCAUAAUUGACGAGUGUUAUGACAUGGAACUGUAUGACUGGCGUAAGGUUGACAUCACUGAUGAGGAUCAAAAGGAGCGCGUUAAUCAGAUGAUUGAAGAUCAGGAGCCUUUUGAGGGGGAGGCUUUGUUGGAUGCCAAAUGUUUCAAGUGAUGAGAGAAGUGUCCUAAAGAAGUAGAUGUGUCCUUGGAUUGGAAGAAGCAAAUUUAUAGAAGCUAGCCUUAAAAUGGCACAGAUGCUCUGGUGAGAAAGUAUUUACAGCUACCUCAUUUGGCCGAAUAAAUUGAGGUAAUAUGUUCAGUGUGGAGGUAUUUGAGCUUCUGCAGCGUCAUUCUCUUCGUAAUUUCUGCCGCUGGUUAGUUUUGUUGAAGCACCUCAUGGAACAGUAUUGUUAUGAGAAUUUCUCUGUGGGUUUCUGGAAUUUAUUAUAAAGUAAAGCAUGGUGCUCAUGGCUUCUAAACAAUGUCUGGCUCUUAUUCAACUUCUGGCGCAUAUGAAGAGAGCAUUAUUCAAGUGUAUUGCACUCAAUGUUUCCAUACUAUUAUAAUUUUUAUUUUAUUUUUAUAAAAGCAUUUUAUAGCAUGUUUUAA